AUGUGCAAAUACACACUUUACAGCUACGAGUGCGGCCAUCCAGCUGAGGACCACGUCGAUUCCGGAACCUGCUCAGAGUUCCAACGGACCGGUGUUCACUGUGACCGAGACAAUCCAGCGAAUAAAGAGCGAGUCAAAGUAAAGAACAAGGAUCGCAACGGUAUCUGCGAAAAGUGUAUGCGCAAUGGGCCAGACUACGAUGAGAUAGUGACAAUGGAGCGCGAGAUGGAGCAGGCUAGUGAACUGAGCCUAAUGGAAGCCAGGGCCCGAGAGGAGGAUAUGCGGCGUGUAGAGCAAAGAGUUCUAGAAGAGUCUCUAGCUGAGGCAGAAAGGAUGACGGUAGCCCAUGAAGCGCGCAUAAAGGAGCUUGAAAGGGAGUCUGCGGAGGAAUACGCCCGGAAAGUGCGUCAACAGGAGGAGGAGGACUUCGAAUUUAUAAUGAGGAAGUCUAGGGCAGAUGCAGAACGCGCAGCGCACGAGCAGGAAAUGGAGAUGAUACAGCGAGCCUUCUUGGAAUCACUAAAGACGGAUCCUUCUCUUCGAAACUACAAAGACGAAGUGAUUACUAGUGGAUCAAUUGAUCUCGGCGGAGGACUUACAGAAAAGUGGAUUGAGGUCAAAACAACCUCACGAGAGACACUUCUGAAACAAUCGACUGCCCCAAUAGCGCCUCCGCCUCCGCCCCCGCCGCUUCCACCGCCACCAGUUCUGGUUCCUAUUGCUCCAAAUUUUGUCAAGAAAGCCCCGCGGUCCCUUCCUGUCAAGAAGCCAGCGCCAAAAACGGUAGACUACACCCUACCUGCUAUAAGAGAUCAGAACAUUGGACGCUUCACAGUGGGCACUCGGCACCAGCCCACCCACCCAUCACAAGAGAUCAAAGACAAGCCUACUUCAAAGGUCCCUAUAACGCCAAGCUCUCCUGCGCCUUUCGCUCGUCUUGGUGGCACGAUCGCACCUAAUAUCCCAGCCAUUCGUGAGGUUCGAGGUCCGAAUAUCCGAGUGCUAUCUGCUCAGGAUGCGAAAGCAGGACUUCGCCGCACUUUGGGACCCAGGAAACAACUUCCGCCCCCGGACGAGCCGUACGUUGACCCAAAGCUGAAAGCGGCAAUGGCGAAACGACGGCAGUGGGAGGAUGAGGCGGAGGACACCACUUCGAAUGUUUCCAGUACCUCAAUCACACCCUCGCAGUCCGCUUCAAACGUUCCAGCGCGAGCCAGUACAACAUCAUCUACACUUAGCAGCUUGAGCACUGCUCGCAGACCACUACCGGCAUCCGCGGAGUCAGUAGCUUCCCCCAUCACGGGUGCUACAGAGGAAGCAUGGGGUGAAGACGAUGCCAAAACGAUGAGGGCGAAAAGGAUAUCAAAAUUGGAUUUCGAUAGGAACAGGAAGACUGGUUGGGGAGGAGAGUGA